AUGCUGCUAGUAGAGCCGCGCGAAGCCGCCGGGCCUCCAUGCGCGGCACCUCUACACCCCAUGUCCACCCUCACGAAACUCAAUUUCACGGACUAUAGUGUUAAAGUGAAACCUUACGAUUUGGUCGAGCAAACGGACAAUAUUUUAAAUUAUGAACAAGCGGUAAACGCGGCUCGGCUCGGCUACGAACAGUCUCUGAGCAGUAAUUCUAGCUCCAACAAACUACACUAUGGUGACCAGAACAGGCUUGCGUUCGACCCCUCCGUGGAUAACAUCUGCGCUGACCCGUCCUACGUGCUGCCUGCAGGCGGCUACACAACCGGUGGACCUCGCGAGACGAAUACAUACUACACGGAGGCGAGCGGAGGCGCACCCGCACCCCCCGCGCCCGCUUCCGCCGCCACCUCACCCCUGGACGAGUACUACCAGCCGGAGUACCCUCCACCGGCGCCCGCGCAGCCCUACCUUGAUGAUUACUACCACCACGCGCACGCGCACACACAACCCCUCGUUACGCACGAGCAUAAAUACCAGCCCCACGCGUAUAGCAAACCUUACCCCAGAACAGCGGGAGGAAGGUACGGCGCGGGCGGUGAAGUGUACGGCGAAGGCUACGCGACGGAAUACGGGGGCUGUGCGGAGUGGAGCGAGUGGCCCGGCGAGCAGCACGCGCUGUUGCCCCAGGACAAGCUGCCCUACCCCGCCUCCGGGCCGUGCUUCACUGGCUCAGGACCCAUCCAACUUUGGCAAUUCUUGCUGGAGCUGCUCACCGACAGAAGCUGCCAAGGUUUCAUUUCAUGGACCGGCGACGGCUGGGAAUUCAAACUCACAGAUCCUGAUGAGGUUGCCCGACGUUGGGGUAUCCGCAAGAACAAGCCCAAGAUGAACUAUGAAAAGCUGUCGCGCGGCCUGCGCUACUACUAUGACAAGAACAUCAUCCACAAGACGGCCGGCAAGCGCUACGUUUACCGCUUCGUCUGCGACCUGCAGAGCUUGCUUGGAAUUUCACCGGAACAGCUGCACGCAAUGUAUGAGCCUAAAAUGGAAAAGAAAGACGAUGACUGAAUCCAAAUCUAGACGAUUUCUUCCCCAGUCACAUUCACAUCUAGUUAAUAAAUAACGGACUUAUAAAUAAAAUUUCGUUUCCAGCAAAACCUUCAUGAUUUUAAAACAUGACUAAUACGCCACCAUAUCGUAUCAUACAUAUUUAAUUUAUUGCCAUAUUAUUUUUUUAAAAACGCAAUACAUUUUAUUACAUGUUUUUGCUUUUUAAACGAAAUCUAUUAAUAUGCAAAUCUGUAUAAUUACAACAACGAUCGUUAAUUAAGAGGUCACUAAAAAAUACACUAUGCUUUUUCUCCGUACUUUUUCACUGUCGUUACAAUUUUCAUAUAAAUGUCGGAUUUGAUCUCAUGCGCAUCCACCAGUGGAAUUUAUUUACUUACUAAUGAGGUCGCAAAGACUACACGUGGUCCUUUCAUACACCAUACAUAAUUUUAAGUACCAGAUUUAACCAACGGUGCCUUAACAGAUACAGACUGUUGUUGAUUUUGUAUUUUUAAAUAAAUUAAUAUUCAUCCGAUGGUAUCGUAGUGUGUAUGUGCCAGUUUUAAACGCGCUACAUACACAAUUUUUAAUAACCCUUUAUAAAUAAUACAUUUUACCGAUACUUUAUGUAUUUACUCAGUCUGAAACACAAUAAUAUUUAUGAAUUAGGAAAAUAUAGUAUUUUAUCGUAUACUCAUAUAAAUUAUUAAAAACUUAUAAAAAUAAAUUCCGACUUAUCAGUUUUGUCACUAGAGUUAGAAACUCUUAAGUUACUAAAAAAAUACUGAAAAAUCAUACAUAGUCUACAUAGAAAAAAUACUGCUAUCAAUUUUAUAAUACUGUAAAUAUAAGUUAAUUUUGUUACUUUAUAAAAAUAAUUAGGUAUUAUAUUAUAAUAGAUAAUAAGUGUUGUAUGUUUGAUUCGCAAAUUGUUGCAAUAUGCGGUUAAAUUAAUGCAUUGUUAGAAUGAUGUCGGACAUAAAAAUCUAUUUAAUUCAGAUAAGUCCAAAGAUUAUAAAAAUCUACACGCGUGCCCACCAAUUGGUAAAAAUUACUGUGAAAUCACCAAAGGGACUUCUCUUUGAUAUAUAAACAUUUAAAUAAAUUUUAUGACAUUUUUAAUGAAUGCGGCCUGUGAAUUUAUAAAAAUAAUAUAACAACACCGGGUGACAUCAACUUGUCGCUGAUCUCGUGGUAAGGGAUUGUAAUGUCUUACUAGUUAUGAAAUUAAUUAGUUGUAUUAUUUUCAAUUUUUAUAGCUCCUAGCAUACACCGAAGAUAUUUCGAUAAGUUUUAUUUUGUAAAGUAUUACUCCUCCAUCAAUAUUAUACCCACCAAUAGCCGUUGUCUCUGAUUUCGAGGUGCUUAAUAUUGUAAUAUAAAUAUUCUUUUAAAGAUGUCUUCCCUGUUUCGUGAAAAUAAAAAUCUUGCGAAAUAUGUAAUGGAUUUUACGAAAAUUGUAAACAUUUUCUGUAUGAUGUUGAUUAUUUAAUGUUCGUGUUAUCAGCCAAAUUGAUGUACCUACCUGUCAAUGUUGUAUGUAUUGAUGGAAGAUAUAAAAUUAAAUAUAUAUAUUUACGAAAUCA